CUUCGUCCAUCCAUGCUUCAUCGUGCUCAUCUCCAUUGUUACCAUUCUCUGCACCUAAAAACUGAAAAAAUUGAUUCUCUUCACAUUUCCUUCAGAGACCAUAAACGAAGAGAAGUCUCCCGAAAGAGAGCUCAUUUGCCUCUUGCUACUCCAGAAGAACAGAUUCAAUACACUGACCAAACACCCGACGAUCCAGAAACAGUAAGCCACCAAACUGGCCACGAAGAUACACCUCGAGAUGAUAGUUCCUCUAUCCAACACAAUGGAAAUGGCGGAAAACCAGGCUUCAUUUCGUUUUACAAUCCUCGGAACGAAACAGAGGAUAUCAUUGUCCCUCUUGAAGCACAAAGUACAUGGGGACGCCUGCUCUGGCUCCUAGGUCCUGCUGUCUUAGUUUCCUCUUUCAUUUUACCUCCGAUUUACUUACGAAGAAUAGUCUCAGCAGUGUUUGAAGACUCUUUGCUCACAGGAAAAGUUCCCGAGAACCGAACCAAUCCUUCUCAGCUAGGACAAAGAAUCUCAUCUGUGGCAACAUUAGUGCUUAGUCUUAUGAUUCCAAUGGUGACAAUGGGAUUAGUCUGGCCAUGGACUGGACCUGCAGCGUCAGCUACUCUUGCACCUUACCUUGUAGGUAUCGUUGUUCAGUUUGCAUUCGAACAGUUCGCUAGAUUCCGGAAUUCUCCAUCAUCUCCUGUAAUCCCCAUCAUCUUUCAGGUGUACAGACUUCAUCAGCUGAACAGGGCGGCGCAACUAGUAACAGCAUUGUCAUUUACGGUUAAAGGAGCGGAGGCAACAGUUAAUAAUCUGGCAAUCAAGAAAUCGCUGGGUACGCUUUUGAAUGUGAUACAGGUUUUAGGUGUGAUUUCAAUUUGGUCUAUAUCAAGCUUCCUCAUGUGGUUAUCGUCACCUCCGCAAAACUAG